AUGCAAACUCGAGCACAACUGAACUCCGAUGCACGUCGAUGGAAAUUCUCAGCGAAAGGAUUCCCCUUGGCAGCUGUAGAGGGAGAAGGAUCGUGGAAUCCGAGUCAGCGGUGGAGGUCAUGUUGCACAGAUCUACGACAAGCCUUGGCUAAAGCUUUGGUAGCAUAUUAUCACAAGUAUGUCGAUGAGCAGAGCAAGAAAGAAUUAAAGGAUCAAUUUUUCGCAUACGAUAAGUCACUUCUUGUUGCCGAUCCUCGUCGCACUGAAGCCAAGAAAUUCGGAGGACCAGGAGCUCGCGCUCGUUACCAGAAAUCCUACCGUUAA